AUGCAAUACUCAGACUCAAUUCCGAGCGGGCCCGGCGCUGGCCGUUUCGUUUCAAAUCAUCAAAAGCCAUCAAUCAACGGCGAACACGGCGGCUUCUCCCACGGCGGCUUUCAUCAGACACAAGGCUCAAUUGGCGGCUAUGGGGACAGACACCCGCAGCGAGGCAAUGUUCCGAACAUCAACACAGGCAGACUUGGCCAGAGUAUGCAAAAUGCAGGCGAGAUACAGACACCAGGAACCGCUUUCAACAUGAACUUUACACCGCUGCUUCCCUCUCAGCUGCUAUUGGGCAGUCCAUUUCAGCCUGGUUCGCCAAACACGUUUGCUUCUCCCCAGUUCCAGAGCUUCUCCAGCUUUGGCCAACAAAACACGUCAAACCAGCAACAGAACCAGCAGACCUCAAUGGGCAGCCCGAUCCAGCAGCAUCAGCCGCUAUCUCCUCAGCUAUAUCACAAUAUGCUCUCGCAUCAGGGCAUGAAUGCAACUAGCUUCUUCGGUGGUCCCCAGUCUCCGACAGGAACUUUCGGCAGCCUGGCAGGCCAGACCUUGGGUGGUCUCGGUGGUGCUAUGCACAUGGCGCCAGGCUUGGUCUCUGGUACAAGCCGAACCGUAUACCUCGGCAACAUCCCUCCUGAGACCUCAGCCGAAGAAAUCCUCGGUCACGUGCGCAGCGGCCAGAUUGAAUCUGUCCGUUUACUACCGGACAAGAACUGCGCGUUCAUCUCUUUCCUUGAUAGCAGCUCUGCUACCCACUUUCAUUCCGAUGCUAUCCUCAAGAAGCUGGCGGUUAGAGGUCAAGACAUCAAGAUUGGGUGGGGCAAGCCCUCGCAGGUACCGACAUCAGUCGCUCUCGCAGUACAGCAGUCGGGCGCGUCGCGCAACGUUUACCUUGGGAACCUUUCGGAAGACGUGACGGAAGAGGAACUCCGAGAAGACCUAGGCAAAUUCGGUCCUAUCGAUACAGUCAAGAUUGUAAGGGAGAAGGCGAUUGGGUUCGUCCAUUUCCUAUCAAUCAGCAACGCCAUGAAAGCUGUCGCGCAACUUCCUCAGGAGCCGAAAUGGCAAGCGCCGCGUCGUGUCUACUACGGCAAGGACCGGUGCGCAUACGUCUCGAAGACCCAGCAGCAGAACGCUGCGCAGUACCUUGGCAUUGCGCCGGGUUAUGCGCAUGUGCUGAAUGGUGCGGACAGAGACUUGAUCUCAAACGCGCUAGCUCAGCAAUCAGUUGCCGCAGCCGCCGUAGCUACCUCAGCUGGUGGCGUCAAUAAUCUUGGAAACAGGACCGUGUAUCUCGGCAACAUUCAUCCGGAGACUACCAUCGAGGAGAUCUGUAACGUUGUAAGAGGCGGUCUGUUGCACCACAUUCGGUACAUUCCAGACAAGCACAUCUGCUUCGUGACAUUCAUUGACCCGACAUCGGCCGCGUCUUUCUAUGCUCUAAGCAACCUCCAGGGACUGAUGAUCCACAACCGCCGGCUAAAGAUUGGCUGGGGCAAGCACUCUGGCGCGCUUCCCCCCGCGAUUGCACUGGCCGUCAGCGGCGGCGCCUCGCGAAACGUGUACAUCGGCAACCUCGACGAGUCCUGGAGCGAGGACCGGCUCCGGCAGGACUUCUCCGAGUACGGCGAGAUCGAGCUGGUAAACACUCUCCGCGAGAAGAGCUGCGCCUUUGUCAACUUCACCAACAUCGCCAACGCCAUUAAGGCAAUCGAAGCCGUGCGCGGCAGGGAAGAGUACAAGCGGUUUAAGGUCAACUUCGGCAAGGACCGCUGCGGCAACGCGCCUCGCCAGACCAAUAACAUGCAGCACCAGCAUCAGCAGCGACAGGCCAACAUGCAGGACGGCACUACUUCUCCGCCUCCAACAAACGGCCUGCACCCGAAUAGCUACCGCCAGAGUUCCGUGUCGCCAAGCAACACCGGUGCGCCAGGCUCCACGGGCAGCAGUUCCAGCGGCCCAUUUCAAUCAAUGGCCGCGCCGAUGCCGUCCAACAUCCUCAACAACGGCGGCAACAACCCACUGAUGAUGUACCUACAGCAAGCUCAGAGCCAGCAGCAGCAGCCAGAUGGCACCUCUUAUGGCCUGUCCCAGCAACCGCAGCAAUCCCACCACCAGCAGCACCACUCCACCUCCUUCGCAAAUCCCUCCCCCCAGGCAGCCUUCUACGCGGCCGACGCCACUACAUCUGCGCCAUCCUACCCAUCCCAUCCAACCCACGGCCCUAGUUCGUCUUUCAGCCUCAUAAACGGCUCCUCCCUCUCGGCCUCGCUCUCCAACAACAACAUCUCAGCCGCCACAACAAUCGGCGGCCUUCUCGCCCCUUCAAACCUCAACGCCCGUGCGCAGCAUGCCCGGGCUGUGAGCUUGCCGGUUUUUAGCCAGGGUCCGUUUACGCAGCCAAUGCAUGGAGGUGCGUUUGGGGGCUUGGGGGCGGGCUUGGGGGGAUUUGGUGGGCUUAGUGGGAUUGAUGGGCAUGCUGGGCAUGCGGGACUUGGUGGGGGGUUGCCGGGAUGGGCGGAGGAGGAGGUGGGUGGGCAAUAG